CUUGACUUUGAAACUACACCGAUCCUCGACUGUCAAUUGUGUGUUUUUCACUUGUUAAAGUCAGUACUUUCUUAGUUCAGCUCUCGAUCGAUCGAAUCGAAUUUAUAUUCGUGCUUUAAAACUCAAAAAAUAAUUCUAUUUCAAAAUUCCUUUCUGUGGAAUUUGAUCCAGUGAAUUUUUAAAUUUUAAAAUUUUCAUUAAAAAAAUAUUACUUCAAUCACUUGAGCGUGGGAACAUUCUGUGUGUGAUAAUCUUCGUUUUUUUUGCUUUUUAACAAAAUAAAACUAAAACGAAAUCGUAACCACAUUCCUCGUGCAACAAUUCGAGGAAUCAACAAAAUAGCCGUUCGAAUUUAUAUAGAUAUUUGUCUUCCAUAAAACCAAAACCAUUUAAGAUGAAAGUCGUAAUCCUUUUGAGUUUAUUCUGUGUAUUAGCAACAGGUCAACGAAUCACCACAAUACAAUUGGAUGGUGUUCAGUAUUUUGUCAGCCGAAUGAAUCCAUAUUCACCGGAAUUGAAUUACUUUUUGGCAUAUCAAUAUUGUCGAUCGUUGGGCUUGCAAUUGGCAUCAUUUGAAACAAAAGAAAAAGUUGAAUCGAUGAGCCAGUAUUUACAAAAUGCUGGUUAUAGUAAAUACGAUUUUUGGACAUCGGGCAAUCGACUCGGCACUGGCAUGUUUUUAUGGAUGAGCACUGGUUUGCCAUUUAAUGCAACAUUCGAUUACUUUGACAAUGCAAAUGAUGCGGUUAAAGCAGGUCUUUUGGAUCCGGUUGAUCACAACAGCAAUACAGCACCACAACGUACUGCACGCGAUAGUAGCAGCGGCUUAGAAAAAGGUUGUGUUAUGCUGCAAGCGCCAAGUUUACGAUGGGCACCCGAAGAUUGUUCAGCCGUUAAAGAUUUUAUUUGCGAACAAACGCGAUGCUACUAUUAUAAUUAUGGCAGCAUUCCAGUGUCUUCAGCACAGGGACGCCCAUUGAUUGCAACAACGCCAGCCACAUCAUAUGCAUCGGAUUCGUAUGUGUAUUCGUCAACAAUGCAACCACCACAGCCACAAUCAUCAACCCAACGUCCAACCGUUUCACAUGUUACAACUCCAGUACCACCAAGUUUGCAUUCGGCUAAAUCAAUUUCGGAUCGUAAACUUUCCGUAUCAAUUCCAUUGGCAACGCUACGUGUUACAAUGGAAACAAGUAGUAUAGCAUCAAAUCAUCGUAGUGACGACGAUCAAUUUGGCGAUGAUGAACAACAACAAAAACUUGCAUCCGAAGAUAGUACAAAAAUGUCAUCCGAAGAUAGUACAAAAAUCAAUGAUGAUGAGCUUAAUCAUGUUGAAUCAAUAACAACAAACGAUGCUGUCUAUACUGCUGACAAUGAUCCAAACGGUGCCGAAGGUGUUUCGGAGAAAAUUGAAGAUACCACAUCGAUUGAACAACGAUUGAAAAAAAUUUCGGAAGAAAUUGAAAAAUACAGCAACGGCAAUAAUAACAACGCCGACAAUGUGAAAAGUAUUUUAUCACUUGCUGAUUUAGUGGGAGCUGGACGUAAUCCGUCUGAAAGAAAAGUAAUACCACAAAUUGAUUCCGACUACUCGAACACAAUGCAUGUGCUCGGUGAAACUACUGACGAUUCACGGAAAUAUAAACCGAUUAAUUUGCGACAAACAAAUCGAGCGCUCUACUAAGUACAUACACAUAAACACACAUACACAUAAACAAACAUUUCAAACGUUUACGAACAAAAAUUACAUAGUUAUAGUAAACACUCACACACAAAUUCAGACGAACACA